AUGGCCACCACCCAGCAGCAGCAAGCCAGGAUCAACACAGACACCUCCACCUUCGGCGGGGUCGACGCCGACCUCGCCGCCCGCCUGGCGGCCCCGGCCUCGCCCACCACAGAGCGCGCCGCCGAGGAGGCCCGCCGCCGCACCUCGGACUGGAAGCCCCCCCAGCUCCAGCGCAACGACUAG